AUGCCACAGAUCAUGGAUUUGAUCACAAAAGACCUCUCAGAGCCAUACUCAAUCUACACUUACCGAUACUUCAUUCAUAACUGGCCUAAUUUGUGCUUCCUAGCCAUGUAUGCAAAAGAAUGUGUUGGAGCCAUCGUGUGCAAGGUCGACUUCCACAAAAAGAUCUUCCGGAGAGGCUAUAUAGCUAUGCUGGCCGUCGCCAAAGAACACAGGCAUAAGGGGAUAGGAUCUCACUUAGUGAUCAGAGCCAUAAAAGGAAUGGUGAAUGACAAUUGUGAUGAGGUCGUCCUCGAGACAGAAAUCACCAACCAUGCAGCUCUUCGCCUCUACGAGAACCUUGGUUUUGUUAGAGACAAGAGACUUUUUAGGUAUUAUUUAAAUGGAGUAGAUGCCCUCAGACUAAAACUUUGGUUGAAAUGA